AUGGUUCAAACAAGUUUGACAGAAACACAGAAACAAAUAUGCAUCGGGGUUUUGGCCCUUCAGGGAGCUUUUCAAGAGCACAUACACAUGCUUCAACACAUUCCCCAGGUCGCUUUAGCAUUUCCUGUACGUACUACCGAACAGCUUCGUUCCGUUGAUGCUUUAAUAAUACCUGGUGGUGAAUCCACUACUAUGGCUUUAGUGGCUGAGCGUUCAGGAAUAUGGGACGAUUUAAAGGAAUUUGUUCGUACAAAACCUACAUGGGGUACAUGCGCUGGCAUGAUUUUAUUAGCUAAUGAGGCAACAAAAACUAAGAAAGGUGGUCAGAGAUUAUUGGGUGGACUUGACAUUACCGUAAAUCGAAAUCAGUUUGGAAGCCAGAUCGAUUCAUUUGAAUCGUCACUUCAUAUAUCUCACGUUACCUCUUCCACCAAGGAUCUUUUUCCAGCAGUGUUUAUUCGUGCACCUAUAAUCUCCUCUAUAAACACUCCUGAU